AUGGCCCCCUGGUUCGUUGCCUCAGUAAGAGCGGGAGACUACGCCUACAAAAAGCACGAUGCAAGAGUUAACCUCUUCAACGGAUACCAGUACCAGCUAGAGCAGAUUCGGACUUCGAAGUUUUAUAGCGGCUACAAAACUAAGUUAACAAGGAAACAGUGGGCCGACACGAGACCAUCCUUGGAGGAAUUACUGAGCGCAACAUCGAAAGUCUUUCCUCUCUUCCGAACCACCUCCAUGUCGUCGAUCGAGAGAUGUAUCUUGCUAUCAACUCAGGACAACUUGAAAUAUGAAUUCCUACACAACAUCGGAGAAACACUGAGAGAAACUCUCGAAAUGGAAGAAAAAUACGUAAAAUUACAAACUAAGAUGACAACGCACAUUCACUUAGACUGCUAUACUUUCGCCCAAGAGGCAAACCUCUCAGCACCUGUCCUCGACUAA